AUGGACCGGUUAGCACGUCUCCUCAGCUGCGUGCUGCUCGCCCUCCUCCCCCUCACAGCAGCCCUCAAAUUCGAUCUCCACCCCGUAGCAGCACACGACUCAGCCAAGUACGAGCGAUGCAUUAGGAACUUUGUCGCGAGGGAGCAAUUGGUUGUUGUCACGGUGAUUAUGGACGGAUAUCGGGGGGAUGGACAGAGGGUGGAUAUGCAUAUCCGCGACGCAAUGGGCAACGACUACCACCGUCCCAAAGACGUCGUAGGCGAGAACCGCUACGCCUUCACCUCGCACGCCGACUCUGCCUUUGACGUCUGCUUCGAAAACAUCUUCACCUCGUCCGGCUCCUCCAAGUCCAUCACCCCGCGCCACGUCGAGCUCGACAUUGACAUUGGCGCCGAUGCCAAGGACUGGAAUGCCAUUGGAGCCGCCGACAAGCUGAAGCCCGUUGAGGCGGAGCUCAGGAGGAUCGAGGAGGUUGUUGGAGAGAUUGUCACCGAGAUGGAUUACCUGAGGAGUCGCGAGCAGAAGCUUAGGGAUACCAAUGAGAGCACUAAUGAGAGGGUCAAGUGGUUUGCGUUGGGUACCAUGGGUAUGCUUGUUGGGCUUGGGGCUUGGCAGGUUGUGUACCUUCGUGCCUACUUCAGGAGCAAGCAUCUCAUCUAG